CCUUUUUCACAGCAGCUUGGAGAGCGAGAGUGGCGGAGUCGGAUGAAUCUACGGCACGAAAACCUUUCUCAUACCCUCCAAAAAGCACAAAAACGGCCGAGGAAGGCGUCACCGAAGCCCGCGGCAUUUGGGAGAUGACAUCUGCGCACCAUGAACUACGAUAGAGAGGCGAUUUAGCGCGAACGGAGGGACGGUUGCUGGACAAUCGAUUUAGUAAACUGGAUUCGUUUUGGAACAUCUGUAGCGCAAAAUGUGGACAUCCGCUAUCCUUCCUCUGAGGUCGACUUAGACGCGCGAUUUAGACGUAUGCACGCUUGCAAUUCCGUCUCAAAAUCCAGCUAAUUCCCCCCCGCACCCCCCCUCACCCCCCGGGGAGCAGUGAAGUCAUCCGAGAAGGAAAAACGGGCCGUAAUCAUCUCCGUAGCGACAAGGAAAAUCCGCUUUCUCACUCCCUCCCUCACUCGGACUCGCCCUGCCCCCCCUUCCCCCCUCCACAACCCGCCUUUACAUGCUGUAUUCCCCCUGAAGUACUCUCUCUCCUCGACACCCCCUUGCCCCCUCCCCGACGCCCCCACCUUCGAGCCACCCAGUUGGCCAUUAUCCGCAGUCGAGGAUGCCGGAUCAGAUCUCAGUAUCCGAGUUUCUCUCGGAGACCACCGAGGAUUACAAUUCGCCUACCACGUCCAGCUUCACCACCCGGUUGCAGAGCUGCAGGAACACAGUCAACGUUCUGGAGGAGGCGCUGGACCAGGACCGAACCUCCCUGCAGAAGGUGAAGAAAUCCGUCAAGGCCAUCUACAAUUCAGGACAAGAUCAUGUCCAAAAUGAGGAAAACUAUGCCCAAGCUCUGGACAAAUUCGGCAGCAACUUCAUCAGCCGGGACAACCCUGACCUGGGCACAGCCUUCGUCAAGUUCUCCUCGCUCACCAAGGAGCUCUCGGCCCUCCUGAAGAACCUGCUCCAGAGCCUGAGUCACAAUGUCAUCUUCACCCUGGACUCGCUGCUCAAGGGAGACUUGAAGGGCGUCAAAGGGGACAUAAAGAAGCCCUUUGACAAGGCCUGGAAGGACUACGAGGCCAAGUUCACCAAAAUCGAGAAGGAGAAACGGGAGCACGCCAAGCAGCACGGCAUGAUCCGCACUGAGAUCACCGGGGCCGAAAUCGCUGAGGAGAUGGAAAAGGAGCGUCGGCUCUUCCAGCUGCAGAUGUGCGAGUACCUGAUUAAAGUGAACGAGAUCAAGACCAAGAAAGGCGUGGACCUCCUCCAAAACCUCAUCAAGUAUUACCAUGCACAGUGCAAUUUCUUCCAGGACGGCUUGAAGACGGCUGACAAGCUGAAGCAGUACAUCGAGAAGCUGGCGGCCGACCUCUACAACAUCAAACAAACCCAGGAUGAGGAGAAGAAGCAGCUGACCGCCCUGCGCGAUCUCAUCAAGUCCUCCCUCCAGCUGGACCAGAAGGAGGACUCGCAGAGUAAACAAGGUGGCUACAGCAUGCACCAGCUGCAGGGCAACAAGGAGUUUGGCAGCGAGAAGAAAGGCUACCUGCUCAAGAAGAGCGACGGGCUGAGGAAGGUGUGGCAGCGCAGGCAGUGCUCGGUGAAGGGCGGCAUCCUCACCAUCUCUCAUGCCACAUCCAACAGGCAGCCGGUGAAGCUCAACCUCCUCACCUGCCAGGUCAAACCCAGCGGCGAGGAUAGGAAAUGUUUUGAUCUCAUUUCUCAUAACCGCACGUAUCACUUCCAAGCUGAGGAUGAGCAGGAGUUUGUCAUCUGGAUCUCGGUGCUGACCAACAGCAAGGAGGAGGCCCUGAACAUGGCCUUCCGCGGCGAGCAGAGCAGCGGCGGUGAGGACGGCCUGGAGGACCUCACCAAAGCCAUCAUUGAUGACGUGCUGCGCAUGCCGGGCAACGAGCUGUGCUGUGACUGUGGCGCCGCAGAUCCCAAAUGGCUGUCCACCAACCUGGGCAUCCUGACGUGCAUCGAGUGCUCCGGCAUCCACCGAGAGAUGGGCGUGCACAUCUCCCGCAUCCAGUCCAUGGAGCUUGACAAGCUGGGCACCUCCGAACUCUUGCUGGCCAAGAACGUCGGGAACAGUAGUUUCAACGAGAUCAUGGAGGGCAACCUGCCGUCCCCUUCGCCCAAGCCUGGCCCCUCCAGCGACAUGACGGUGAGGAAGGAGUUCAUCACCGCCAAGUACGUGGACCGCAAGUUUGCCCGCAAGACGUGCUCGUCGGCGGCGGCCAAGAUGGUGGAGCUCUACGAGGCAGUGCGCACCCGCGACCUCCUGGCCCUCGUCCAGGUCUACGCCGAGGGCGUGGAGCUCAUGGAGCCUCUGCCCGAGGCCGCCCCGGAAGCCGGAGAAACGGCGCUGCACUACUCUGUCCGGACGGCCGAUCAGACCUCGCUGCACCUGGUGGACUUCCUGGUGCAGAACAGCGGUAAUGUGGACAAGCAGACGGAGCGCGGCAACACGGCCCUCCAUUACUGCUGCAUGUACGAGAAGCCCGAGUGCCUCAAGCUGCUGCUCAGGGGCAAACCGGCCACCGACAUCACCAAUCAGAACGGGGAGACGGCACUGGACGUUGCCAGGCGACUGAGGAACACGCCUUGCGAGGAGGCGCUGGUGCAGGCGGCCGAGGGCAAGUUCAACCCUCACAUCCACGUGGAGUACGAGUGGAGCCUCCGGCUGGAGGAGAUGGACGAGAGCGACGACGACCUGGACGACAAGCCCAGUCCCAUUAAGAAGGACCGCUCGCCGCGACCGCAGAGCUUCUGCCACUCGUCCAGCCUGUCGCCGCACGACAAGCUCUCACUGCCGGGCUUCAUCAGCCAGCGUGACAAGCAGCAGCGGCUGUCCUACAGCGCUUUCACCAACCAGAUGUACAGCGCCUCCACCGACCUCACUUCCUCCCCCGUUGCUGACGGCCCGCCGCUGCCACCCAGGAACCAGGGCAAAGCUGCCGCCGUUGCCGCCGCCUCGUCUGCGCUGACGGCGGGAGGCAGCGCCACGCUGUCCAAGAAGAGACCGCCGCCCCCGCCGCCCGGCCAUAAACGCACGCUGUCCGACCCGCCCGGCCCGCUCUGUCACACCAGAGGGGGUCCGUCCGGGGGGGAGCCGCAAGCCCACGGAAGCGACUCCACGCCACCUCCCGUCAACAAGAUGUCGCCAGUCUCCAACAAAUUUGAAGGCAUCCCUCAGCAGCAGAGUACGACUUCAAGCAACACAAAGUCCACACUUGGUCCAAGGGUUCUUCCUAAACUACCUCAGAAAGUGGCGUUGCGUAAGAUCGACACCAUCCACCACCCCUCCGUGGACAAAGCCGGCCUCUCCCCUGAGGUUUUCCAGAAGUCUCCGCCGGGGACGGACGCGCUGCAGAAAGCGCCGGCCCCGGAGCGGCCGCAGCCUGCCGACCCGCCGCCCAAGCCGCAGCCGUCCGAGCUGCCGCCCAAGCCCGGGGAACUCCCGCCCAAGCCGCAGCUCUCCGACCUGCCACCCAAGCCGCAGCUGGGCGACCUGCCGCCCAAACCGCAGCUCAAGGACCUGCCGCCCAAGCCCCACCUGGCCGACGCGCCGCCCAGAGUGGGGGCGUCUGAGGCGGCCCCGCGCCCGCCGGGGGAAGCGCCGGUCAGGCCCCAGACGCAGCCGCCCCCGCCGCCGCAACCCCAGCCGCCGGAGUCACCGUCGCCCGAUCGGCCGGCCCCACCCCCGCCGCCGCAGCAGAGCGCCGAUGAUGCCGACGGAAGCCCACCUGGGAGCGCGGAGACCCCCGUGCCCCUCCCCAGGAAGAUCAACACGGGGAAAAGCAAGGCGCGACGCGUGAAGACCAUCUACGACUGCCAAGCCGACAAUGACGACGAGCUGACGUUCGUGGAGGGCGAGAUCAUAGUGGUGACGGGCGAAGAGGACCAGGAGUGGUGGAUCGGCCACGUCGAGGGCGAGCCGGAGCGCAAGGGCGUCUUCCCCAUGUCCUUUGUGCACAUCCUCAGCGACUGACCCACGGCAAGACCACCCCACCCAACCAAGCCUUUGCACUACCACAAAAAGAAGCUAAAGUCAAAAAGACGGCAGAGCCUCGUCCAUGCUGUACAAAGAAUGUGCGUAACCCCCUCAAACCACCCUGCCCGCUACGGUGUUUUCUCCAAAACCACCCCCCCCCCCCCCCCCGCCAAUAUAAUAAAGCAGCUCCCGCCAGCACUUAGCUAUCUGUAGACGCUAUGUGUAUAUACGUUUGUAAAUAGAUCAAUCCAUGUGUGCGCUGUACAUACAUGUUUUACUGUACAAACAAAAAACAUGCUAUGGCACAUUUGAUCCCAACUGGCCCAUGUAGACCCCCCCCCCCCCCAGGCUUGCUUUGUGUGUACCAGUGUUGUUUUGCAGUUGACAAAGCAUAUUGCUGCCGCAACACCAAAAACAAAAGAUCACUAUCGCCUAAUCAUGUUCAGUUUUACAAACUUAGCAUGAAAUAAGCAUCAUAUGAUGAAUUUUAAGUUGUAAAGUAAUAAGUUGAGUUUCAGGUUCUAAACUGAUUCUGUUAGCUUGUUUUUCUGGAAUGGCAAUGGUAGGCUAGCUGCCACUGCCUGUGUUGGACUCCCUCUGCCUCGUGCUUCACCAGAAUGCUCCAAAAUCCACUAGACACAAAAUACACCCCAGAACCACUUAAGCAGUAUUUAAUGGGAAAAAAAAAUGUCAGCAAUCAAGUGUUGAGUCACUCCCCCACCCACCUUAGGUUGUGUUGAUGGUGUCGUAAGCGAAAAAAAAUUUUGGUUGAGUGCUCAUACGUGAAAAAGUCAAGAGUUGAGUGUGAUGUCUCCUCCUCGCUCACGUGCACUUUGUCCCAUUGUUCAGGGAACAAACAAACAAAAAAAUGUCGUAUCAUUAAAGUGCUGUAUUUCAAAUGUC